UAUAAUACCUUCUUGCAUGAUGACCUUUUAAGUAUUUCAUAGUCUAAUUAGAGAGACAUAAAAUAAUUACUGAUACAAGUUACUAUAAAAACAUCUAUCAAGUAUAAGUGGAGUGUGACAAAAGUAGUAACUAACUUUUGUCUAGGGGAAGGUGUCGCUAUAAGAUGCCUCUAAAUUGUAUCGUAAAGGUGAUUGGAAAUGCAGCUUACGUCACUUACACAGAAGUGUUUACUGAACACCUUCUGCUAGCCAAACACAGUGAUAGGCACUGUAGACACAGCAGUGAACUAGACUAAGUCCCUGCUCCCUUGGCAGCAAAGAAGCAGACAAUAAGAAGACAAAUCAUUACAUAUUAGGUGGUGAUACCUGCUAAUACCAAAAAAUAAAUAUAUUAAUAAAGGAAAGAGAGAGUGAUAUAGGGUGCUGUUUUAGGCAGGGAGGUCAGCAAGACCUCUCUAAUGAGAGACAUUUGACAAAAUCCCAAGUAAUAGGAGAAAACAAGAUCAAGAAGUAGGGGGAAGCAUAAGGGCAUAAUAGUUAUGAAAAGCGUGUCUUUAGGACAGAGUGAAAAGAUGGCAUUACAGAGAAUUGGGAAGAGUAUGGUAGAUGAGAUUGGAAAGAAAUGAGGGACGGGCCAAAUGAUGAAUAGCCAUGUGUUCUGUGCUCAGGAAUUUGAAUGCCCACAUGGUUGACUGGAAGAAGAAGGGCUGAAUUUUAGAAGGAGAGUGCCAUAGUUAUUUUAUUUGGUUUAGCUGGGUUUGGCUAGGUUUGGUUUGUUGGUAUUUUUUCUUUUAAAUUAGCAGCAGUUUACAAGAUGAAUUUGAAAGGAGUCACUAGAGAGGAGAUGGCAGCAUUUAGAUGUUUUAGGGCACCCAGGACAUAAGAUUUAAUGCCCCACAGAGUGUGAGAAUUAAUGGUCAAGAGCAACUCUUGGGUUUAAGGCUUCAUGGGUGAUAAUGCCAUUAACUAGCUCAGGGAACCCUAGAGAAGAAGCAGGUUUAAAAGUAUAGAUAAUGAAUUUGAUUUGGGAUCAGUGAUAAAUAAAGAAGAGAAAAAUUAAAAAGACAUCAGAGCUAAAAUACAGAUUUGGCUGUUACAAACACUUCAUGGAAAUUCAAAAAGAAGAGAGCAAGAAGAAAAGUCAAAAUUGCCAGGUACUGCAGAGUUUAAUGGAAUGAGGGUUUUUAAAAGGUCUUCAGAUUUGAAAGUUGAAAGGUUACUGGUGACUUCAAGAAGACCAAUUUCAGUAGGUGUGGGUCUUGACUCAGGACCUGGAAGCUGAACUGGGAUGGAAACCAAACAACUUGAAGGAUUGGUAGGGGAAACAGAGAAUUUAAAUCUAAAGAAAUUCAGCCCCCAUGAGAAAGUGGAAUCUGGCAAAGUGUGGGAGUGGGGUUUAGAAUCUGACAGUAAACUGAUACUAACUAGAAAUUCAAGCAGAGAAGCUUUGAUGUUUCUUAGUGCACAGAGACUGAAGAUGUGUAAAGGAAAGACUGUUGUGACCAUAAAGUACUUGUGAACAUAAAGAUAGCAGUGAGGGUACAGUUAAUAAAUUGAGUAGUCACAGCAAUACCUGGCAUACAGAUGUUUAACAAAUAUUCAUGAAGCUAAAACUGCUGUUCAGAUUAUGUGGAGAAAAGAUACCAGAGAUCUUCAAAAGCUAUAAAUAAAUGCCCAGGUUCCCUUUGGGGAAUAAAUGGAAGCAGUGCGAGGGGUCCCAGACAGCUUGAAGAUACAAAAUCCAAAAGGGAUAUUUGCAUCUCAGAGGAAAUUGGAAGCAAAGUUCAUGGUAGAAGACCCCAACCCCUUAAAUCCAGGCACCCAAGGAAUUACAAGUGGAGCUACCAGAUUUGUCUACCACUGCACAUACACGCUCCCUUAGUCUGUUUUCCCCGCCUGCACCACCAACUCUACCCACUGGGGGGCAGGGCUCGAGGACAGGGCUGGUGGCUGUUAGCGAGCCUCGAGAGCUAUCAGUUCCUACCAGACUCUCUGCUCUUAAGUGCGGUCUUAGCCCAUGGCUGGACACAGGCCCUCAAACUUCUGCCCUCUGCCUCUCAGUGGUGGGGGCGGGCCUGAAGGACCAGUGCGAACACUGGUUGACGCUCCUAUCCCGCUGAGCGCCCAGGUGGCCUCUGACAGGCUGAUGGUCCGACCCGGGAUAGGGCCGGGCGUCUGCCCAGGCCCUGAAGUGUGGGGGUUACCCUUGAGCCCCCAGCUGUAUGAAUUCCAGGGCGGGGUGGUGCCUUGUGUGCCCCUGCUGAGAGCUGGUGAGGCUGGAGCCUGCUCGCUAUGCCCCUCCGAGGCCUCCUUACAAGGGCCCUACAUUGUCCUGCGGUGCAUGCCAAAGCUGGCUCUGCCAGAGGACGUUUCGGCCAUAGAAAAAGAGAUGAAACAGUUGGCCCAGGAGUUGAGGCAGAAGAGGAUGACCCUGGGCUACUCGCAGGCCGACGUAGGGUUUGCUGUGGGCGCUCUUUUUGGAGAAGUGCUUAGCCAGACCACCAUCUGCCGCUUCGAAGCCCAGCAGCUCAGCCUCGCCAAGAUGUGGAAGCUGCGACCACUGCUGAAAAUGUGGCUGGAAGAGGUAGAUACCAAGAACCUGCUGGGCAUGUGCAAAAUGGAGAUGAUCCUGCAGCAGGCUCGGAAGCGGCGGCGGGCAAGCAGGGAGAGACGCAUCAGAAACAACCUGGAGAAACUCUUCCUGCAGUGCCCGAGGCCCACGCCCCAGCAAAUCCACCGCAUCGCUGGGCAGCUCGGACUUCAGAAGGACCUGGUCCGGGUUUGGUUCUGUAACCGGAGCAAGAUGGGCAGUCACCCGACCAAUGAUUUCUCUCCACCGCAAGAGGUGGGGCCAGCUGAGCCGCCUUUCCCGGGGGAACCAGUGUGCUUUCCCCUGGCACCAGGCCUCCAUUUUGGUUCCUUCCACUGCGGAGGGCCCUUCUUUACACCCUACUCCCCCACCCCUUUCCCUCCUGGGGGAGCCCUUCUCUCUGUCCCAGGCACCGCUUUAGGCCUCCCCAGGCUUUCCAGUUAAGGGGCCUGCCCUUCUGAAGAAGUGAAGCUGGGAAAACCAGUCUCGGGGGCCAUUUUUUGGUUUCUAGCUUGAAGUUCCAUUUACUGUUUAAGACGUUAAGAAUACUUGUUUUGGGGGGUGGGAGCUGUUUGGGAAAAUUUGGGGAAAGAAGUUAAAGUUUAUUGCCAAUUUGUGUUUUUCCCUAAUGUUACUUUUAGACAAUACACACAGAUGGUUUUGAAUAUUUUGUUGCUCUUUUUUUUAAUCAAUAAAACAUUGUGUGUCAAUC